UUUGCAUACAGCACCCGUUUCCCGGAGCCGGUUUCCUGCUUCUUUGGGGCAGCCCAUCUGAGAGACCAAAGGAGGGAAAGGAAGAGAAUUCUUUAGAAGAGAGAGGGAGAGAGACGCAGAAAGUUAAGGGCCAAGCCACAGUACCAUUUUGAAGUGGAAAAUCUGGCAAGCGUUUUACUCUCUCUCCCCCUUGGAUGAUUUCUGACUUGGAUAUUCGCCUGAGAAGGCAGAAAAAGUGACGAUCUUGUGGCAUUUCUCUUCCUUGGUCCAAACCAUGAGUGAAGAAGCUUCCCGGCAAGCCAGGUCAUGACAACCGAAGGCCAGAGCGCAUGGCUGGGUCUGGUGGAGAACACCCAUGCUUGAUGUUGACCGGCCGCGUCGAUUACUAUUUACGUGACCAUGUUGUCGGCAUCACACUGGAGGAGCCUCCGCCAGACGCUGCUGGUGCUCUUCACAUCCGCGCUCCUCAUUGGCAUCACCAUGCUGGCCAUCUCCUCCAACAUCAAUCCCGUGGGGUUUUUCUUCCUGGGAGUGGGGGGCCUGUGCUUGGUCGGCUACCUCAUCAGUCUGGUGGUCGAGUAUUACCUGAAGCCAGAGGAUUCAACGGAUGAGACUCGCUCAGCCUCAAGGAGACAAAGUCAUGCAGCAGUCAAUGAGGUGUAUGAAGCACCAACGUACGAGGAGGUGGUGGGAACCAGCCAGGUAUCAAUCCCGACGUUCUGGACCAUCACCUCUGGCACGCCAACCUCCCAAGGGGACCCCCCUCCCUACAGCGUGGUCAUUGAGCCACCUACCCACAGCGAGACUGUCGUCGAGGCAUUCAGCGUCUCAGUGGCCCCGGGCACACGGCGUGCCUCCGAAGCAGAUAUGCACUCAAGGCUACGCCUCAGGCUGGUGCUCCCGCCAAGGCUGCAGCGAUUUGUCUCGGAUAACCAGGAACUCAAAGAUGCCGAAGAGCACGUGGAACGUCUGGAGCCGCUCACGCCGCCUCCUGCUUAUGACAACGUAACUGGCGACGAAGUCUUUGAAGAAGAAGUCCAGCCCACAAGGCUAUGACCAAAUGGCUGGGGGACGGGGAGACUGAUGCUCUCGGUGCUGCGUUAUAGCAGUGCAUCUGAUGAGUACGAGUGGACUGGGCUUUAACUUACUGGGGCCGUUCCCGAUGGACACUGGCGGCCAGAAGCAAGCAGAGCCAAGCCCCAGCAGCUCUGCCAGUCCCCCAGGGGCUGCUCGGCUCUGGCCAUCUAGCAGCAACAUAAGGUU